AUGGAGCAUAUUUGCCACAACAGAAACGGUAUGUAUAUGCCCGUUUCUGGUCGCCAACAAGUUAAUUCAGAUUUACCAAAAUUAGCCCAUGUUUCGCCCCUGAAGUCUACACCAGCAGACCUUUGCCCACUGCCGUAUUUGCAGCCAGAACUAUCAUGUCGUCCAACAAAUUACUACAGUUCAGCCAAAGUUUGUCCAUCUCUUCCUCUAAGCACUUCUCAAGUUGAGGCCAGUUCUCCUGACACUCAACUUAGUGAAAUGUGUGGUAUUCGCGUGCCUUCGGUAUUUUCAGCGGCUAGAAAUGCCCUUUAUACACGUUAUACUCCGAAGAACUGGUUCGAAAGUUACAAUCGCCUUUUACAAGCAAACGAUCUUGCACAAAAGAACUCCGAAUGCUUCGUUUAUGAUUCUAAACGACUGGAUGAAGAACUAGCUGACCUGGUUAAAGGAAAUCAGGAGGACUCAACAAGGAAAUUGGGCGACAGAAUCUGUGAUAUAGCCUUUUGGCAAAGUGAGCUGGAUUUGGAGAUCGGGAAAAUAAAACAGGAAAUUGAUGAUCUGGGCAGAGCUAGAAGAAUCGUUGAGAAAUUUCUGGCUGAAACGGAGAAUUAUCUGCACAUAACUCAAGAGUGCCUUUAUGUUCGAGAGAAGAGACAGGGAACAGAUCUAGUACAUGAUGACGUUGAAGUGAAACUCCUUAGGGAAAUUGAUAUUGUUAGGAAAGUGCAAAACGACCUUAAAAUAGUAAUCAAUGACGCUAGGACUCAGGAAGAAUUGAAUAGAGCAGCUUUGCAUGAGCUAGAAUACGACAAAGCUAAUAAAUUCAUGGCCCUUCAAAUUGAUGAAGGUGCUCAUUCAAUGCACAAUGGUUCUGCUUUUGUCCAUCUAUAUGAUGGGGUCGAAUGCAUUGACCAAACCCAGUCCGUGCCGGAGACUUGGGAAAAAUACGUCUCUGACAUUAUAAAGCGCAGUCAAUCUGAGCGAACAGCAAGUCGAAAAUUGCGUGAGCGCAUUGUCAAGGAACUUGCCCAUGCCAGCAAGACACUGAAUGAUUUGUGGGAAGUUGCGAAUGCUGCGUUAUCUCAACGUAUUCGGGAGCUCACAGAUGCUCGUAAUCAAAUUCAAGCUUCACUUGGAAAAACCUUACAAUCCAUUAUUGACACAGAAAAAGAAAUAGAUGAACUGAAGGCAGCUAUAAAAGACAAAGAGGAAUAUUGGAAGACAGCGUCAUCUCGAUUAAAUGCGCGAUUAAAAAGACCAGGGAUGGAGAACAGUCGUGAUCCUGCCAUGAAUCAACUCAUCUGCGAAGUAAAACUGAUUAAAGAAUCCAUUGAGGAAUUGAAAACUCAGCUGAAAAAAUCCGAAGGAAUAUUGCAGGAGUUGCUGUAUCUUCGCACUGCAAAAGAAGGUGAACUGGUGUGCAAACAAAAUAGUCUCUUUAUCGAUAGGGAAAAGUGUCUUGCACUUCGAAGUCAGUGGCCAGGCGGACCAAUGUCUGGCGCUGCAAAUGCCAUUCUAUGCCCUAACCACCCGCUUUCAGCUUUUACUUUAUGCGGCUGCAAAUAA